GCAGGAUAAGAUUUACAAGUACCACUGAAUGAAGAAAAUAAGGUAGGAUAACAACUGGAAAUAUGUAACGCGAUUCCAGUAGUCCCUUUUGCUUUCGUUCAUGUGUAAAAUCUUUUUGAUCUUAGGCUUUUCGCACUUUUCGAUUUUACUCAUUAAAUAACUUUUAAAACUUUUCAUUGCAAAUUUAUCGUAUGUUACACAUUUCACAUGAAAUCACCUGAAACGACCUGAAAUCACCUGAAACUACCUGUAAAUCACAUACAUUGUUUUCAUGAAUGGGAUAAUUCCACUGAUGUGAUAAUUCCACUCUAUAGUGGGCCUUUGUUCCAAUCAAUUACUUCGAUUAUUUCCCACUAGGGUGAUUUUCAAGUUUUACCAAAAAUAAAAGUAUGCAAGUUCCUUAGAAUGAUCAUAUUUUGAAUACCGAGCUUCUUUUGGUUACAAUGAGUCAAAAUAAUCUUCAUCAAAACGAGGCUAACGAAAAGCCACGAACGGGGUCACUCAAAAAGCGAAACUGCUCUAACUACCAUUGGUAACUUGGUACCUUUCAAUGAACGAUACGGUAACCAAAUAUCAGCCCUAGGGAUUGGAUUCUUUCCGAAUUCACUGGUUUCAAUCCCGAGGUUUUGAGAACUGAGAGGUAUUUUUGCAAAAGUUGGAUCUUUUCUUCUUGGAAGUUAGAAAAUCGAGUGUCCUAGCUUAAAGCGAGGUUAAACGACUGCAACAUAGGGGUGGGGUUACCUCUGUUUAAACGGGGGGUCUAAACAAAAUUUGUAUUCAUGUAUAAUCCUGAUUUGUAUAUGGUUAAUGAUGAUUAAAUGAAAUUUAAUCAGAGUUAAUUUAACGAGGGGCUUUUGCAUUGGCUGUUACUCGCCUUCAACCAAGCAAAGUGAAACCAACACUAUGCCAAAAAACCUUAAAUACCCCUAAGAAUAACCUAGGGAAUGGAAACCGCCAUGAGCCAUAAAUGUUGCCCUAGCAUUACUAAACAAAACCCCCGGAGGCCAAGACUACUUCGCAAUAUCAAUAAACGAGUAACGCAAAUGCAAGAGAACAACGAGAAAGCGUGGCACUUGAGACCAAAAAUAUGAAUUACAGUCAAUAAUCAACUCAGGACGAAUAGACUGUGCUGUUUAUUUUCCGGCCCUCCCUCCCUCCCGGCCCUUCCUCCCUCUCCUUUUUCUCUUGAUGCCUUUAAUAAAAUUUCUCGCACCUUUAGGCAUUCCUUUAUGCCAUUAGCAUUUAUUUGGAUGCUAUUAGGUAGGACUAGUGCAUCGGCUGUUAAUGGAGAAAAUAGUCUUUUCUUGUCCAUUCCCUCCCAUUUAUCAAUUAAAUUUGGGGGUUAUUAUGGAAAAUUCCAAAGUAACCGCUUCCUGUUUAAAUCAGUGGUAGGUUUAGCGAUUUGCGCCGAUGCACCAACGGCCCAACUCGCUCUCGAUGAUGUGGGAACGUAGCCUUAUGACUGAUUUUCUGAUUGCUAGGGCAUGAUUUCUGAGGGAGCUUUUCGCCUUUCAUUUUGUUGGUAUUUUAUUCACGAGUUAGAAAAUCAAUUUAGGGUUACGAUUAACAUUUUCGAAGUGGUGUCUACUUAUGUAUUGUAUGGGAACAAUUGGAAUAAUUGCUGCACAACUAAGGUGUGAUUGGGGAAAUCUGGAAUUCCGGCUAACUGUGAUGAGAUUUUCAGGUGGUUUCAGGUGAUUUCAGGUGAUUUCGGGUCGUUUCAGGUGAAUCAGUAGCGUAGCGAUGGGGAGGUGUGGUACAUGGAAUUCGCCGUUGCCAACCCCCGUUAUCCACAAUCAUGUUGCUACAACAUCCUUUGUUAUUUAUCACUAGUGAGUAGAAAAAUGCUUUGUAUCGUUAAUUUAUAUAAGUUUGUUUAGAAAUAUAAUUGUGUGUCAGUUUAACCUUGUAAUCAUGGAGUGUGAAUCAUAAGUUUAUUUAAUUUGAACUAGCAUUUAUGCAAUGAUAUAAUAUCAUUGCAUAAAUGCAGAAGCGCCGAAGGCGCUAGAUGUCUAACUCACGGGUACGCUGUGAGGCAAAUUUGUUUACUUCCGCCAUUUUUAAUAGUGGCAAAAAGGAACUUGCUCGAUACUGAGCCCUUAUAAAUUUGGCAAAAGUAAGGAUUGAUUUCGUUCACUUCUCUUUCGAAUAUCGAUGUGAAAUUUGAAACUGCUAUGAAAUAUCUAGGCCUAACUCUAGAAAAAACCGAAAGUAGGUCAUAAUUCAAUGCUUGGAUAUUAAUAAUAGAAUUUAAAUAUAGUAACCAAUUUUUGAUUUUAGAUAAUCAUUGAUAUUUUUGGACUUUUUCAAAACCACACUCGUUGCUUGUAAUACUUCUUCAGCACAAUGCGUCCCUCCUCGCAUUUUUAGGCCUAUAAAAUACCUCCGGGUUACAUUUUCACGACAAAGAUUACUAAUUUGGUCUUACCAAGAGGAAAAAGAAAUUUAAAUCAUAUCAAAUUUCUUUUCUACAAAUUCAAUUUGACAAACUAAAUAUAAAACAUUCGACUUUCAUACUCAUGCCAUAUUAGGUUCUGAUCGACAGACAGAAAAAUUCAAGAAUUAUAUAUUUAAAAUCGUCUAUGUUAUUAGAUAAUAGAUCAUUUAUAUGAAGAUAAAAAUUGCAAGCACAUAUACUUUUCAGCUCAUAAAAACACGACAGGCCACUGCUAUAUUCCCCCCGUAACUGCCUAAACUAAAAGAGCCAUAUUUUUUUAAAAUUCUGUUUAAAAACCCCAAAAAAUUGUUAUGUGUUGUUUACUUAUAACUCCUCUAACUACCUGCAUAAGAAAAGGCACUGAAAGAGUUGUGAGCCACGAGAAAAUCAUUCAUUAAAACAAGCAAUUUUCCAUACUGAACUCUAUUGCAGCUCGCUUUUUGCCACUAUUCAAAAUGGGGGAAGUAAACAAAUUUGCCUCACUCGGUAGAACGCAGCAUGACCCGAGUCAGACAUCUAGCGCCUUCGGCGCUUCUAUACCAAUGCAUUUAUGUCUUUAUAUAUGGAAACGAGGCUAAUAAAUUAUCCAAUUGGAGGUGCUUGUGCAUUCCUCCCUAAGGGCCUAUCUGGGAUCGAUCCCGCGUAAAAACAUAAUGUUUUGGGAUCGAUCCCGUGUAAACACAAGCGAAAUUUACCGAUCGAUCCAACAGUACAGUUGUUUGGAACACUCAAUAUCAGCGUAUUCUGGACAUACUUUUUGAGCAAUUAAUAACACCUCCUGUUAUGGCAUAUCAAAAUUUUUUGGACCCUUUUAUACUGAAUAUUGUUGCAUCUGAAGUGCGGCUUGGUGCAGUUUUGUACCAACGACAGAAUGGGUCUUUAAGAGUAAUCGCAUACGCAUCUCGUACUUUGUCUCCUGCUGAGAAAAACUAUUAUUUACAUUCUGGAAAACGUGAAUUUUGGCGUUAAAAUGGGCCAUAUGUGAUCAAUUUCGCGAUUAUUUAUAUUAUGCCACCUCUUUUACUGUUUAUACUGAUAAUAAUCCUUUGACUUAUGUACUCUUAUCUGCAAAAUUGAAUGCUAGUGGAUUACGAUGGAUUAAUGAAUUGGCUGACUUUAAUUUUAUGAUAAAGUACCGCCCAGGGAAAGCGAAUAAAGACGCUGAUACCCUUUCCGGGAUUCCAAUAGAUUUUGAGUCUUAUAUGAACACUUGCACUUAAGAAACUUUGCCAGAAACAAGAAUUGCAAUAACAGGUGCCGUUAACAUGAUAGCUAAUAGUCAGUCGAAUUGGGUAGUACCCCUAACAUCCAAUGUUGAUGUUUUAUCCAUGGGCAGCACAAUUUCUCAGUUAAACUAUUGACAAAAAUGUUUUAAUCCAAGCCCAGCUGAAUGAUCUUGUUACAAACCGAAUCAUUCAUUUCACACCGGAAAAGACCAUCCUCUCAAGAAAUUAAGCUAGAAUUUUCUGAUGUAAAAUGCCUUUUGCGUCAUUGAAAUAAAUUCGAGAUCAGUGAUGGUACUCUUAAACGCAAUACCGGUGUGACCAAAAAAAUCGUUCUGGCAAAAAUACAUCAAAAUUUGGUAAUCAAAGAGCUUCAUGCAGAAAUGGGUCAUUUAGGUACAGACCGGGUCUUAGAUCUUGCUAGACAACGUUUCUUCUGACCAUGCAUGCAAGUAGAUAAAGACUAUUACAUUCAACAUGUUUGCAGAUGUAUCAGACAAAAACGUCCAUCUGUCCAGCCGAAAGCUCCAUUGCAACCAAUUACCACCACAUUUCCUUUUGAAAUGAAUUUCAUUGAUUUUCUGCAUUUAGAACGUAGUAAAGGUGGUUACGAGUACAUCUUAGUUAUCAUGGAAAACUUCACAAGAUUUGCUCAAACGUAUGCUACAAAGAGCAAAUCAGCUAAAACAGCCGCUAAACAACUGUAUGACGAUGUUAUUUUGCGAUUUUGCGUCAAAGAGCCGUAUCUGAAAACAAGCUGUUUAAUAAUUUGCAGCAAUUAUGUAAUAUAAAAUAUUCUCGUACGACACCUUACCACCCACAAGGCAAUGGACAAGUCGAGCGCUUUAAUAGAACUUUACUAGCAAUGCUUCGCACCUUACCAGAAUCGUAUAAAAGUAGUUGGCAUGAGCAUCUUAAUAAAGUCACCAGCGCCUAUAAUUCUACCCGUAACAACUCGACAGGCUAUUCUCCUUUCUUCUUAUUAUUUGGUCGCCAUCCUCGUUUGCCUAUUGAUAUGAUUUUCGACACUGGUCAACAGUCAAUUGCAAGAAAACAUAGCGAGUACGUUGAGCAAUGGAAAAACGCAAUGGAAGAAGCCUGUGCCAUUGCACGAAAACAUUCAGUUGCAAGCGGUCAAACAAACAAACUGCGGCAUGCUAUGAAUCCACAAGCAGUCGAAUUGCAACCAAAUUACCGCGUACUUUUUCGCAAUUUAUCGGAGAGGGGUGGUCCUGGUAAACUUCUUCCAUUCUGGGAAAAAGAUAUCUACAAGGUGAUUAGCAGAAAAGGUACUUCUCCGGUGUACCAGGUUCAGCGUGAGAAUGGAACAGGUCCUGUUCGAAUUCUUCAUCGAAAUCUGUUACUGCCUUGUAAAGAUCUUCCUGCAGCAGAAGCAGAUGACGGCACUCGGGUUCGUCGUGGUGGCCAAACGCGUCAUAAACAAAUGAAAUCUCGACGCAGUCAUCAGAUUUCUUCUACUACUUCUUCUUCUUCAGAAAGCGAUUCAGAUGAUGACACUUACCUCGUUGCUGUUCACCAACCAAUGAAGGAAAGGGAACCUGCAGACAUGUUCGAAGAAUGUACAUCAAACGACAAUAGACAGCAAAGUGAAGAUGCCUGUGUGACACAACACACGGUCGAGUCCGAAGAAACUAUCGAUAUUGUAGAACAUGCGGAUGUACCAGAAACCUCUAGCGCCGUUGAUGUUCCACACCUCGCGCCAGAGCCUUAUCGUCGUCCAACGCGUAAUCGCCAACCGCCAAAUCGUUUCGGAUAUUAUGCCCCUGGACAAUCUCUUUCAGCUCAAACUGUAAAAAAUGUAAAUAGUCAACCAGAAUACAAAAUCGUUUGUAUACCAUCGUUUCCGUUUACCGUUGCGUCAAUGCCUUGGACUAUGCAAUCGGUUCGUUCGCAGUCGUUUCCGAAAAUCACAUUUUAUUAACAGAUUGUUUAACGAUGAUAACACUUACUUUAUUUCAUUACAUUUCAUACUGUUUUUAUGCAACAUUCGUAUCGAACUACGCAAAAUAAUUCAAUAGAACAGUACUGGUCAAAAUAGCUUUGUCUGCUCGUUCUCAGCUACUUCGGUUAUCGUGAUUGCGUCAGAUUGCGUUGAUUGGGUACAAAUUGGCCAUUUGAACCAUAAACAUUCGCAUGUGACGUAAAAGAAACAUUGACUUUCCAUAAUUUGUUUUGUUUGUUCUUUUACUUUGAAUUCUAGGGUGCUGGGAUCCACAUGGAUCAAACAAAAUUUCAAACAAGAACAAUAGACUUUGCCGUUAUUUACUUUAAAGUUUCAGAUUUACGAAGUGCAGCUUCAGGUUGAUCAUAUUUGGAAGAACUUUCAGAGCUUUAUGCCUAUGAAGACUACGAAGUCUGAUGUUAUCAUGUCGCGGACGACAUUAUCUUUAGAGGGGGAAUAUGUAGUACAUGGAAUUGGCCGUUGCCAACCCCCGUUAUAGACAAUCCUGUUGCUACAACAUAACCUCUUUUAUCUCUGCUAUUAAUCACUACAUAUGGGGUAAAACAUUACCCUAUAAAAACCAAGGGUUACAUGUGCAAGGACGGAUUUAAGCAACAAUGAUUAGGGGUGUACACACUAAUUGGAUUUUGGUGCCACAUCCUCAGGUUACUAGUGAAUUAUGGAAACGCCCAUUUUUAAAAUCCGGUUUUUAACUUUAAGGUAAAGAAGAUAAGAAGAUGGACAAAUUCAAAUAUUUGGCGUCGUUUUGUUACUACUGACUAACGAAAAAGGAUUUUUAACCGAACGGAAGCAAAAUUUACCAAGAGACACAGAAUUAUUGUGGGGGAGGGGAGAGAAAUAUAGCAAAAACUCUGGUCUAGAGCAAUGUUCUUUGUUCACAAAGGCCCUCAAUGAGAACUUGAAAAAAACAUUUGUUAUUAGCACGUGACCCAAAUAAGGGGCAAGUUAUCUCACGAUGACAGACGCAGACGGUUUUGAAUUAACGUCUGUUUGGGCCAAAAAGCCAAGAUUUGAAAAGUUAUUAAAGAAAACCGAAGAGAGGUUUUGGGAAAAUCAGAUUUUGCCAAAAUUCGGGGCGCUAAAGAUGUUCUCAAAUUACUUGUAACCUUUUGCAAACUAUGAACAUCAGUGUAGCAGACCAAGGUCUAUCGAUUGAACUUAAAAUAAUUUUUUGUCAAUAUCCUGUGGUAAGUUAUUAGGGACGUGUCAUAAAGUAUCUACGAGAGGGCGGAGGGGAGAAGAUGUGGCUUUAUCCAAAAAAAUUUCAAAGCCCCUAUAAAAAGGGACAGAAAAUUUCCAUGGCCCAUUGUGAAAGGGCAUAUGUUUUUUGCGCCCCAUGUCAAAACUUCAUGGUUUAUUUUUCAGCGUGCUGAUAGCAUUUAGUUAUAUAGAUGUUUUAUUUUGUUUUCAUGUUUUCGUCAUGACACUAAAAUUGUUGCUUUAAAUUUCUUGAACCAUUAUUUACACUAAUUCACGCUGGUCUAUUGUCACUAAAUAUGUAUCUAAAUGAAACGAACUCUGUUUUAGUUUGUGGUACUCUGUUGUAGAAACGACCACCUUUUGUUUUUAUGAAGAUACUCUCAGGAGCAAAGUCAUCAUUAUUUUCACUUUCACCAUUACUGUCUUCAUCUCCCUAUUCACUGACACCAUCGUUACUGACUGUGGCAGGAAUCACAAUGGCCUUUCCUUGAAAAAGAAAUUCCCUGAAUCGAUUGCAAAGAGCUCAGAAACAAAGAGCAGAAAUACCAGGCCAGCAAAAACAAGUAACAUCUGAUCUUAAAUAUUUUGUAAAAAAGGUGCUUUCAACAAAAAUCAAAAACAGUUUUAAUAGAAUUCAUAAUUGCGUCUAGAUUUUCUUUCUUAGUAGAAAUGAAUUAUCGAUACAAUCAAAUUUCUUGAUUUUACUUUUACAGAACAAAUCUGCCCAUUCUUUUUUUCUGAUGUCCUCAAAAAUUUUCUUUCCGUCAGUUUCUUUCCCUUCCACAUCGCUAGGGAUUUCUCUCUUUUUGCAGUGUUCCUGAGAAAUUUGUUGUUAACAAAUAGACCUUGUGAGCCACGUUUAGGCAAUAGAAAAAACGAAACUCUGUCAAUUUGUGCUGGCACCAAGUUAUUCUGGAUCAGGUUUCUCGAUCUAUAUCCUAAGCCACGCUGUUUCUCGUUGUACAACUUAGACAAUGACCGAUUUCUUUGAUCUUAUUUCCCAUAUUCAAAUUUAAAUAUGUCUUCUAUGGUAAAGACAUAGCAACCAAGCUAAAUCUAAAGGCAUUUGUAAGGGAUUACUAAGCACAGUUACUUACAGAAUGAGUGUUUGUGAAAAGGCUAUUGGACAACCUAGGAAGUCUGAAAGCAAGUCAAUCAGUUUUGCAUAUGGAGAGGAAGAAGGCAAAAGAGGAAAAGGAUAAAAGUAAACAGAGAACAUCAUUUUCAUGCUUUCAGAGAAAAAUGGAAGCACCCCAGGAAAGUUCAAGCAGUUUUGAAAGUUCAUCUUCAGAUUCUGACUGUUUCUAACCAUAUUUGAACUUUUCUUUUGCAGUCAAUGACAGCAUCAUAUAACCGGAGGGUUGUUUUCACCAAUCGCACAUUUUGUCUCAGUUUCGGAGGCUUUUAUAUUAGCUGGAAUUUAUUUUUGUACAUGAAAAUUGAAGUAAAACUGUGGAAUUUGUAAUUUUUGAAACUCGAAUAAGUCUUAUAGAUGAAAAAAUUAAAAAGUUAUCAAAGGAAAACCAGAGGGUAGUUUGCUAAUACUAAUAAUAUAUCUCGCCAAAUCUCCGUUUACCACAAACACAGAAUUGCCAGGAAAUAGUACCAGUAUAGUACCACAGGCUAAUUUUCACUUAAGUUUGAAAAAGUCCAGCCAAUCUCUCGAUUUCUAUCUGGCCUUUUGCUUUGCUUUUUAGAAUUUGUUCCAUUCCUGGAAGGUGUCGUUUGAAUUUUUCGCAUUUCCAUAAAUGUUCUAAGUUUUCUUCAUGUAAUCCACACCUUCUGUGACUUAUAUUAUCAUAUUUUCCUUUGUAAUUAGUUUUUAAAUCGGUCAUGUUUAGUUUCAAUUUUAGUAGCAUUGGUCCCUUUUUAUGUUUUAUAUAUUCUUUUAUUCCAAAAUUGCCUUUCUUAAUGAACCUCAUCUUUGCUUUAUCGCUAUUCUUAACUUGCUGCUCUAUCUUCUUUAUGAUUUUGCUUUUUACUAUUUUGUUCCAAUCUUUCCUUGAUCGAUCUGAAAUUUGAUCAAGUUAUUCAUUAUUUCAUAAUAUCGUCAGAGCGAUGAGCGACAAAUAAAUUGUGUUGUUGCUGUUGUUAGAAUAGCGGGAAUCUAUGGAUGAUAGAAGAGACAGAGAAAUCGAGCUGAAACUACCAAGGAAUAGUGAGAUU